AUGGAGUUCGACAUCCAGGGGUCUCUUUUGUUUGGCGAUACACAACCAGCUCAUGACAUUCAUUCAUCUCAGGGACCUGUCCAAAUUGAAGACUCUCUCUUGUUCAGCCAGAAUGUGACCAGUCAGGCUCCUCCAGCUGGUGAUUUUACAUCCAAAAAGGCGAAGUUGCUCAAUGGAAAUACAAUAUUUCUCAAGAAGAGGAUCCCGAAAUCUGUGGAAGUUGACUUUUCAGAUACCUUUCUAGAUAUGGACAAAUUACAUGAGAAGGUUGAAAGAAGAAGAAAGUUGCGUGAAGCACUCAAUGAGAUCAAGAGGGUAAAGGCAGAAGAAUUACGGAAAGCGAAAGAAGCAUUGGAGAAAAAGGCUAAGGAAGCAAAAGAAUCACUGGAGAAAGAAUCACUGGAGAAAGAAUCACUGGAGAAAGGAUCACUGGAAAUAGAAUCCGUGGAGAAAGAACCACUGGAGAAAGAAUCACUGAAAAAAGAUUUAGCGAGGAAAGAAUUACUGGAGAAAGAUUCCUUGAAGCUACAAUUGCUGGAGAAAGAUUCCCUGGGGGCGAACGAUUCCCUGGAGGAGAAAGAUCCACGGGAAGCAACAGAACCGCUAGAAGCAAAACAAUUAUCGGAGGUAAAAGAAUCACUGGAGACAAAAGAAUCACUGGAGUCAAAAAAAUCACUGGAGUCAAAAGAAUCAUUGAAGUCUGGCAGUGAGCCUUCAAACAAAGAAUCACAAAAAACUGAGUAUGUACCUUCACCUACAUGGACGGAGAAGUACCGCCCAAAGAGCUAUUUUGACUUGUGCCCAGCUGGCAACGAGCGCCAUUACAGACACAUCAUGCAUUGGCUUCGAGACAAAAAUAGAGAGAAGAAGGUGCUCUUGGUCCACGGUCCUUCAGGUGUGGGCAAGACUUCUGCAGUACACUUGCUUGCUAAACAUGCCAAGUAUGAUGUGUAUGAGGUAAACGCUGCUAAUGCGAUGGAUGAAACUCGAGGUGAAUUGUUUAAAACUCCAAAGUCAGGUCACUUUAGCCGCCCGCUUGCAGCCCUUCGACUUCGUAUGAAAACUGCCCUCACGCGAAAUAGUGUAACUUCAAAUGGCAUGCCUACGUGUCUUGUGAUUGAUGAAGUGGAUUGUGCCGAUAAUGCCAAAGAUAUUGUGACGGUGAUCCGUGAACUUGUAACCUCAGAGAAGAAUCCUGUCCGGCGACCUGUGAUUUGCAUUGCAAAUGAAGCGUUCGGAGGAGAGGCCAUGGAAAAGCUACGUCCGCUCUGUGAGCUUGUAGCGUUCCGUCGCCCUGUGGCUACCGCUAAAUCCGGUCCUGGAAGACGUCAACGAGUGAAUGUCAGUGCACAAAAAGCAGUGAAGGAGUAUCUUCUAGAAAUCUCCACUAAGGAGAACCUCGGCAUGGAUAUCAAGGAAAUCGCCAAUAUCUUCGAGCUGUGUGAGGGAGACAUGCGUGCUUGUAUCAACCAAAUGCAAUUUUCCGGUAGAAAGCUUGACGAGGCCUUGUCUUUAGUGAGUAGCGCUAGCUCGCUGGGACUCAAAGACAUGAGUAUUUCAUGGUUCGCUCUUGUUGAUAGGCUCUUCGCCAGGAAUCUGUCACUUUCAAAGGAAGAAGACUUUUUUCAUGUGUUUGAUAUGCUUUUGUCCGGAGAGGGCAAGUCUGCCAUGUCAGGUUCCCUGGAUAAGAUUACUCGUGCAUGUUUUAAUCGCUACUUGGAAGUCACCCAUCUUCAAGACGAUUCUGUAAUGCGUCCAGCGCAGAUUUCUGACUGGCUCUAUUACUAUGACAUAUUCAACUCUUGGCCAGGGGCUGAUCCAGCAGGCUAUUCCGCCUUGACUCCACUCAAGUUCUGGUCGCUUUUCAGUGAGCUAGAUCCGCCUAGAAACUACGAAGAGGUCAUUGUGCCAAACGCCAGAAGCUUGGACUUCGAGUGUUUCGAGCUACAAAAGCAAAAUGUGGCCAUGAUCAAAACGCUUACAAAAAGUUUACCGUUAAGCUUGAAAUUAGCUUUGAGUGGAUGUGCUUCCAGCGUUGAAUUUUACUCGUGUCAUUUCCUUCCUCUGCUUGAUAUCAUGUUAUCUCCUGAAAUCAGAUCUCCGGGACUGAAACUGUCCUUGACACUUCUGGAGCGCAGCCGCAUAGAGAAGUUAGCUCUGUUUGUCAAGCACUUUGAGUUGCGGCUUGAAACACAGAGGGAUAUGGAGACGAACGUGACAACUCUCAUCUUCAAUCCCAACUGGGAUUCAGUGACAAUGUUUGAGACCGAGAAUGCACCAAUCCCAAUGUCUCAGAAAAGCAAAGUGGUGAAUGCAAGGAGGCAAAAGUUGUUUCCACUCUUGCAAGCAGAAAUAGAGCAAGCGAUGGCAGCACGAUACAAGCGUAAAAUUGAAUCUGUUAUCGCUCCCGCAGAGAACAAGAUAAAGCGUUCAACUAGAGUACUCUCCUCAUUGGAAUUUUACAGAAAGCAGAGCAGGAGAACCACAGGUGAGCCGGAUGAGCCAGAUCAACAAGGGCCAGAGGAGAUUGCGGAGUCUCAGGAUGCCAGAGAGACAGCCAGAAUAUGGGUCAAGUACCAUGAAGGUUUUUCCAAUGCUGUGCGGAAAAAUAUUGGAUGGACAGAGCUUUGGACGUGA